AUGUGGCACCCAUGUUUUACAGUUUUUGAAUAUCAGGUACAGUAUCCUGGAUUACAGCAGAAGCUGAGGGUAGACAUCACAACCAUGACUUUCCUUUCACAUGCCAUUACAUGGAUAUUUCCUGAGUAUCAGUUUGAAUGGAUCGUGCCAGAAUUUGAAAAGACACUGUCUAAGGAACUUGACUUUAUCCAGGAGGCAGAAAAUGCAGAAAGAACAAGAAGGAAUUUUAAAAAAAAUAAUGCGGUUAAGGUUCCCCAUAUCUUCUGGGAUUUCACUAGAACACAAGUUCUCACAAUGGAAUUUAUGCAUGGCUGCAAGAUUGAUAAUUUGGAAUGCUUACUGGGGGCAGGUCUAAAUCCAAGAAAGGUUGCUCAAGCCUUAGUGGAGGUGUUUGCAGAAAUGAUAUUUGUCCAUGGUUAUGUCCAUGGAGAUCCACAUCCUGGCAACAUAUUAGUUUUUCCACAUUCUAGCAAAAAGGAUGGAUUUGACAUUGUUCUUUUAGAUCAUGGCAUUUAUAGAGAGUUGGACGAAAGCUUCAGAAUGGACUUUUGCCGCCUGUGGAAAGCUCUGAUUCUUUUAGACCCGCAUGAAAUGAAACAGAUGGGAGAGCGCAUUGGUGCUGGAAAAUAUUACCGAUACUUACCUGUAAUUUUUACAGGACGCACAAUUGACAGUAAAUCUGGUUUAGGAGAAAGUAUGCCAACUGAAGACAGAAAGCGUUUAAGUCAAGAAGCAAGGAAUUUCACGAUGGGUGACAUUUCUGAAUUCAUGGAAGGUUUGCCUCGUGAUAUGCUGACAGUACUUAGAACUGAUGGACUGUUAAGAUCUAUAAUUAGUAAACUCGGUGCUCCACAACGUAUCAGAUUAUUAGCGAAUGCGAAGUAUGCUGUGGCUGGUCUUGUGCCGAAGUCAAAAUCCGAAUCAGGCCUGAGUUUGAUGUCACGUGCCAAAGCUACACUAGAUUUUGUUUAUCUUAGCAUUUGUCUAGAGAUGCUGCAACUACAUUACAAAAUGGGGAGCGUCUUUGAAUCACUAUUGAAGAAAUUCAAAUACUGGCUAUCAAAGAGUGGUGGUGUAAUUCCAAUUCCAAAUAUGAUUUUGUAAAGAGAAUUAUUUUUCACGCGAUGAGAUUACUACAGCAAAUUUGAUUUUGUAAAUGGAAUUCAAUCUUAUGCAAUGGCAAACUACUACAUGAGAGAUGUCAUACGGCAGACUUGUAAUUUAGUAAUUGUUUUUGUAUGCA